UAAGCCGCCCAAAUGCCGAGGCUGCCUCUGUCGCCGGUGCCAGAGCAAGAGAACGACGUCGGGGGUCAGCCGCCCGGCCGCGGCUUUUCUUUCGAUGCCAGUCCGAGCAGCAGCGGCAGCUCCUCAGACUCAGAGGCAGGAGGAAAGGCUAGUCCGAGAUCUGUUGCUGAACCCCAGGAAAAUGAAAGCUUGCAUGUGGAGAACACUGAAGAUGAUUCAGAAGAGAGGGGAUGUGAAGAGGAGGUGAAGGAAGAUGUUGAAAGUGAGGAAGAGUGGGAUACAGACCUGGAAACAGAAGAUUCUAAGAAGGUUUAUGAUCCAACAGGAAAAGCCAAAUACCUUGACAUCUGCCAAGCAUAUGGUGUCACCCCCGUCUCUUAUUUUAUACGGCACAUGAAGGAUUCUGAGCUGUGUCUGAUGCACCGUGGCCUCGGCCCAAAGGGGGCCAAAGCUGUGGCUCUUUCCCUGGCAAGCAAUACAUCUGUUGUGAAAUUAAACCUAAGGGACAAUUGGCUGAAUGGAGAUGGGACAACUGCUGUGGCAGAGAUGUUAAAGGAAAAUUGCUACAUUUCAGAUGUUGAUUUAUCUGAGAACAGGCUGGGGGCUGAAGGGGCCAAGGCCUUGUCUGCUAUGCUUCAGGAAAAUACCACGCUUGUCACCCUGAAACUCUCGGGAAAUGAAUUAAACGAUCAGGCGGCCAAAUAUCUUGCCAGCGCCCUCUUGACCAACAAUAAAGUGAAAUCUCUUGAUCUGAGUCAUAACUCCCUUGGGGAGUCAGCAGGGGAGGAGCUUGGAGCAGCUAUUGCAGAAAAUGCAGGCAUGAAAGAGCUCGAUCUCAGCUGGAACUGCUUCCGAGGCCAAGGAGCGGUUGCUGUUGCCAAAGGUUUGGGGGCCAACAUAUUCCUUCGGGUGUUGGAUCUCUCCUACAAUGGCUUUGGCAACAAGGGAGCUGCUGCCCUGGGUGAGGCCCUGAAAAUCAAUAAUGUGCUAGAAGAACUUUAUGUUGGCAAUAAUCGCAUUUCACUGGAAGGAGCUCUUUGCCUUGCUUUGGGCCUGAAAGAAAACAAGACUCUAAAGAGCCUCAGUAUGGUCAGAAACCCCAUACAGAGUGAAGGCUGCAUUAGGAUUCUGAAAGCUAUCCAAGCAAAUCUUGGUGCCGUCUUAGAAGUCCUGGAUUUUUCAGAGAUUGUAUUGAAGCAGGACUUUACAAGCCUCUGUGACGCUGUCCAAGAAACCUUUCCAGGCCUUCAGAUCAAAUACGAUGGGACCAGACUUUCAUUCAGAGCAGACCAAUCCAAGGUGUAAAUCCCCUCUUGGGGUCAUGGAGGGCAAAAGUGUUGCUUAAAUGUCAUGUGAGAAGUCUCCAUGCCUCUUAGCCACUCACACCCCACUGUUACCUCUGGUCAACCAGGUCUUGCAGGUUUUUAGUGUAUUGGAAAACUGCAAAAUCUGUUGGGGCAGAGACGACAGCCACUCAAGAGAUACAAUACCUGAGUCAUCUGUCUACAUCCAGACAGUGCUCUCAUUCAGAGCCUUUAGUGCUCUAAAUGAACCAUUGUCAUCUGUCAACAUCCAAACAGUGUUAGAAACCCCUCCGGUACAUAGACCCUCCCCCACCUAACAAAAUCCCCAAUUGGAAAAAAAGGUAGGGAGAGAGGGGGAGACACUUCUCCUUCAUACAUUUCACUGAUGCUUUACUAAGGACUACAUGGCACACUACAUGAGAGACAGGUGAUCAGCUCUCCUGAUGUUUUCUUUACCACUAAAAAGUACGAGAGGAGAGGAUUUGGAUUGGGGCCAUGGCUUUGGGGGACGAGAGUUAAAGGCUUGGCCUUAAAAAAAAAACCGACAUGGCUAAUUGCAGCUUUGGACUGGGAGAGUUAAUUGGGGGUGGGGGGAAUUCAAAAUUGGUCGCGUGCAGUUUUCUUCAUACACACCAUAAGUUAUUAUUGACACCACCUUGUGCUCAUGUGGUGAUGCCAAAAAUAAUAUGCCCUAUUAUUUGAAAGAGGAAAGGAUCAUGCUAAAAAUUUCAAGGAAUCUUGGGAUGGCAUCUGGGUGAUGGAAACCCUAAACAAAGAGUUUCGCUUGGGCAACAGCAAGGGGACAUGAGGGACAUUGCAAAUGUGGCUAGAACAGUCUGUGGGCCAAGGAAAUGUUCAUUUACACAACAGCAAUGUCUUAUCUGGCUAGGCCCUUGGGGAAAGUCCAUGGUAGCAAGAGCAAUUGCAAGAGGAUAGUGCUUUGGUAUAUUUUUGUUAGGUUUCCUGAGAAAAGCUUGAAUGCUAAGUGGCCCAGCAGAGUCCCUGAUCUUCCCUUUCUGAUUUGCUGCUGUGAAUGAUGGGAGGGGAGUCCAUAAUCAUGUCAUCUCCAAAUGUUGUUGUAUGCUUCUUAUGAGAAGUGGUCUGUCUUGGUUUUAUGCAUAUAUUGUGAUGGAAUUGAUCAUAAGCAAUAAAGUAACUGUCUGAUUCUC